CAAAGUCACAGAUAUCUAUUAGUGUGGAGGAUUGGGAAGACACAAAAGAAACCAAGGAAACAGCAAUGAAUCGCAACAACCAUCGGAAUUCCACAUCCAGCGACCAGUCAGAUCAUCCUUUACUACGAAGGAAAAGUAUGCAAUGGGCCAGAAGACUAAGCAGAAAAGUUCCAAGACAUUCUAACAAAAUAGCAGAGAGGAUAAGUCAACAAAGGAUGACAUUAUGUAGGAGGUCGGAAAGACAAGAAUUAGCAGAACUGGUUAAAAACAGAAUGAAGCAUUUGGGUCUUUCUACAGCAGGUUACGAUGAAAUGAAUGAUCAGCAGAACACGCUGUCCUACAUCCUCAUCAAUCCUUCCCCAGACACUAGACUGGAACUGAAUGAUGUUGUGUAAGUCAAGAGGAGAGCAGGCAGUUCUCUUUCACUCUGUCUGUUUUCCAUCCUUCAUGCAACA